AUGAGGCGUUUGCUCCCCGGGCUGUGCCUGGGCCUGCUCGCUGAUGGAAGGGCCGAGGCCUGUGUGGAUGAUGCAGUUUGUGGGAGUACCAGCUGGCUUCAGGAAACGUACACGCUGGGCUCCAGGCUUGCGACAGAGUCCGAGUCCAAGCAGGCGGGGCCACUGACGGACGAGCUCUAUGCAGAAGGCUUCUCAGCCGUGACGGUCCCCAUCGGCCCCGGCGUGAUCCUGUCGAUUGUCGUCUUUAUCCUGCUCCUUACAGCCCACGAAGCCUUUGUGGCUGCUGGGGCAAAGCCCCUGCUGGCAAACCACGAGAAGCCCAACAGCAUACCGUUGCAAUGCACGUUCGCCAUACACUGGCUUCUCCUGAUGGUGAACCUUUCAAUGCUUGUGCCGGUGUCUCUGGACUACGCGAUGGCCAUGGGACACUCUGCUACUGCCAGUGGACUUUUCCUCAGUGCGCCCACAGUGUUCGCACUGCUUGGCACGAUGCUGGGGAAACCCCUCACAAGCGAAGUGAACUGGGACCAGGCAUUCGCCCGACGUUUGUACCUCGGCUGCCAGGGGUUAGCCUUUGCUGGCAACUUGAUCCUUGCAUUCUUGAUGCAAGCCGCCUCCCACUGGAACGAUGCGACGAGGCAAACAUGGUUCUGGUGCUUCCUCCUUGUAAACGGCGCAAACCAAUUCUUUCAGCUCCUCCCGAGCGUAGGCUUCCAAACCAUGUGGAACAUCGUCACACCCAACAGCCAGAAGACGCUCUGGAGCAUGACCACCAUCGCCUGUCGGAAUUCCGGCUUCAUCGUAGGUCCGGUGUGCUUCGCGGCCCUCAGCUUCACGGUGCGGAGGGGGCGGGACAUUUCUCCCAUCAGCAUGAUGAGCUGGUCCUUCGUUGGCCUCGCGAUGUUUCAAGCUUUGGUGCUGACGACCGCGUCGCUUUGCUUACCGACGGAGGUCACGCCUCUGGAGGAGGAUGGAAAAGCUGCGAAGGAGGAUCAAGACAUGGAGCUGAGCCCGGAGGAUCUCCCACCAGAGUCGCGACAGGAGCUUGUGAAGAACGCCAUCGUGUACUCCUGUGAGCGGCCCUUCACCGCCGCCGCGGUCGAGGUCUCCACAAUGAUGCUCUUGGAAGUGCAAUAUGGAUGGUCGGCGGAGUUCUGCGGGGCUUCCUUCAUGUCGGUCGGCGCGGCUACUCUGGCCUCCACCAUCAUCUGCACCGUUGCGGUGAGCAGGAAGUGGAUCAGAGAAUCCUGGCUCUUCCUGGGCUCCACCUUAGUCUCCCUCUCUGGCGUCUUCCUGCUCUUCGACUGGUCGUUUUACGGGGCUUCUGGGGGUGGGUUCCUGCUCUUAGCUGACUCGUUGGUCUACGCCUUCUCGGGCGUCUCCAUGGGCAUCGCCCAGGGCUGGGCUACCCGGGCAACCAUGAAGGGCACGAGUUACGACAUCCAGACUUACCGGGUGCAGAGCAUCGCUGCAGGCUUGCUCAGCAGGUUCCUAGCCCCCAUCUUCACCCGCUUUAUCCUGGAUUUCGGCGGCCGGAACCUCUACGCCCUGGCUCAGGGUGCGAGGCACGGCCAGGAGGAAUCCAAGAAGAACGCGAACAACAACGAGCCGACACCGAACACUUACCAAGAGAAGGCCUGUGUGGAUGAUGCAGUUUGUGGGGGUACCAGCUGGCUUCAGGAAACGUACACUCUGGACUCCAGGCUUGCGACAGAGUCCGAGUCCAAGCAGGCGGGGCCACUGACGGACGAGCUCUAUGCAGAAGGCUUCUCAGCCGUGACGGUCCCCAUCGGCCCUGGCCUGAUCCUGUCGAUUGUCAUAUUCAUCCUGCUCCUUACAGCCCACGAAGCCUUUGUGGCUGCUGGGGCAAAGCCCCUGCUAGCAAACCACGAGAGGCCCAACAGCAUACCGUUGCAAUGCACGUUCGCCAUGCACUGGCUUAUAAUGAUGGUGAACCUUUCAAUGCUUGUGCCGGUGUCUCUGGACUACGCACUGGCCAUGGGACACUCUGCUACUGCCAGUGGACUUUUCCUCAGUGCGCCCAAAGUGUUCGCACUGCUUGGCACGAUGCUGGGGAAACCCCUCACAAGCGAAGUGAACUGGGACCAGGCGGCAUCCCACUGGAACGAUGCGACGAGGCAAACGUGCUUCUGGUGCUUCCUCCUUGUAAACGGCGCAAACCAAUUCUUUCAGCUCCUCCCGAGCGUAGGCUUCCAAACCAUGUGGAAUAUCGUCACGCCCAACAGCCAGAAGACGCUCUGGAGCAUGAUCGCCAUCGCGUGUCGGAACUCCGGCUUUAUUGUGGGCCCAGUGAGUUUUGCUGCUAUCAGCUUCACGGUGCGGAGGGGGCGGGACAUAUCUCCCAUCAGCAUGAUGAGCUGGUCCUUCGUUGGCCUCGCGAUGUUUCAAGCUUUGGUGCUGACGACCGCGUCGCUUUGCUUACCGACGGAGGUCACGCCUCUGGAGGAGGAUGGAAAAGCUGCGAAGGAGGAUCAAGACAUGGAGCUGAGCCCGGAGGAUCUCCCACCAGAGUCGCGACAGGAGCUUGUGAAGAACGCCAUCGUGUACUCCUAUGAGCGGACCUUCACCACCGCUGCCGUCGAGGUCUCCACGAUGAUGCUCUUGGAAGUGCAAUAUGGAUGGUCGGCGGAGUUCUGCGGGGCUGCCUUCAUGUCGGUGGGCGCGGCCACUAUGGCCGCAACCAUCAUCUCCACCGUUGCGGUGAGCAGGAAGUGGAUCAGAGAAUCCUGGCUCUUUAUGGGCUCCACCUUAGUCUCCCUCUCUGGCGUCUUCCUGCUCUUCGACUGGCCGUUUUAUGGGGCUUCUGGGGGUGGGUUCCUGCUCUUAGCUGACUCGUUGGUCUACGCCUUCUCGGGCGUCUCCAUGGGCAUCGCCCAGGGCUGGGCUACCCGGGCAACCAUGAAGGGCACGAGCUACGACAUCCAGACUUACCGGGUGCAGAGCAUCGCUGCGAGCUUGAUCAGCAAGUUCCUGGCCCCCAUCUUCACCCGCUUUAUCCUGGAUUUCGGCGGCCGGAACCUCUACGCCCUGGCUCAGGGUGCGAGGCACGGCCAGGAAUCCAAGAAGAACGCGAACAACAACGAGCCUACACCGAACACGUGCCAGGGGAAGGAGAGGGGCGAGUCCUUUGAUGGAAGUGGCAAGCUCUUCUGCCCUUGUAGCAGCCAGCUGGAAAUUGUUGGGCGGCACCAGGAGCUGGUGGCAGAAGAUGGCGGCUGUGGCGGGGUGGCCUUUGACUUCCAGGGUGUUGAAAUCCACGCCCGCUUCAACGGCACGUCCUGGGCAGAAGUGGUGAUGUCGCAGGCGGGCGCGAACCCACUGCUGUACAAAGCCAACUUCUUCAACGUAUACGUCAACUCGAACCUCACAAGUUCCUUCAACACCAGCUUCUGGAUGUCCCAGGGCAUAGUGGCCGUCCCGCUCUUCGCAGGUUUAGACCCCGAUGAAGCCUACGACGUGGUCAUUGUGAAGAAUACCGAGCCUCAGUUCAGUGAGCCCUACGUCGCCUCGAAUUUCCUCACGCUGCACGGGUUCCGAGGCUCCGAGGAGGCGCAGCUGGAAGAGGUUCCGGCGCUGCCAGAGCGGAGAAUUGAGUUCUUGGGCGACAGCAUCGCCGCCGGGUUCUGCAACAAUGCCAACCCCUGCCUGCCAAGAAAUUCGAGCAUCUGUUCCCCCAGCAACCAGUGGUUCAAUGAGUCCUGGCCGAGCUUGAUCUGCAAAGGACUCGGUGCGCAGUGUCAUACUGCAGCCUGGAGCGGACUGGGUAUGGCGGCCAACUGUUGCGGAGGAUACACUCUGAUGUCCACGGUCUGGCUUCGUACAGUGGGAAGCCUCGAGUCCUUAAACCAGCUGAUGCCCUUUCAGACUCCCGAAGACAACCUCUGGGAUUUUUCCCGAUGGGUGCCUGAUGCCGUGGUCAUCAACUUGGGCACGAACGACCACUUCCAGUGGCCUGUGGUGGUGCCUGCCUUCAAUGCAACCUAUUUGCAGCUCUUGCUGCUGGCUGCGAGGUCCUAUGGGCCCAAGACCCACUUCUUCCUGGCAUGUGGGCCCAUGACGGACGCCUACUGUGACAACGUCUUCUGGGUCAUUGACCAAGCCCGAGAAGUGCUUCCCAAGCUGAAAGUCUCCUUCCUCGACCAGCGGCCCUUUCUGAACGGCAGCUUUGGCCCGCGCUGCGGCUACCAUCCCUCAGUGGAGGUCGACUCUGCCAUGGCCGAAGCUGCAAUUCCCAUCAUUCAAGAGGCUUUGAACUGGCAGUGA